GGCGCAGACACCCGCAGGAGCAACUCUGGUGACACCUCGACUCCUCCCUGCACGCUGAUGCAGUCCUGGGAGUUUUUUAUCUUGCUGUUUUUCCACCCUGUGGGAUUGUCAGUCAUCAGGGAACGAAGAGGAAUGACCUGACCCGUUUACUGGCCCGUAAGCAAACCGCUAUUGGAGAAUUAGUGUCUGUCAUUGGAGCUGUGCUGUUUUAUUCAACAGUGUGUGCUCACUGGGUUAAAGUUUCAUAUUAGCUGACUUGAGAAACAACUAUAUACACAUUUGAUUGAUACGCAUAUCAUAGUAAUCCCCAGAAACUGCGAAAAUAUGCCCCCUUAGUGGUUGUGAGGAGCACAGGGCUUGACUUCAGAUCUGACUGGAUGCUUAGUGCUAUGUUUUUGCUCAUCGUGGUUGCCAUGACAACAUUGCAUCUGUAAUCCCUGCUGCUCAUUUGCAUGGCAUCUGGAGAUUGCUAUGCUAUGCUGUGAUGUACAAUGUGGCCCCACUAGUCAAAUCAAAGCCAAAUCUUGUUUAAUGCAAAGAUGCCGUGACGUCACUGCCUUGUAAUCCUGCUGGAGUCAGUUGAAGUUGUCAGAGAAUGUACGCGCGUCCUCACCGGUGCGUCAUGACCACAACCAAGAAGAGCAACACUCUCGGUGGAGGAGGAGGAGGUGGAAGAGUGUGUCUUCUGGAGGAUGGAAGUUUGGACCCGCGUCUGAGGAGAUGGGAUGUGAGCUUUUUAACGCUUUGCAGACAUUUGGGAAGAUUGAUUUAAAAAGAUGCACUGUUGGAAUGCAAGGAGAGAUGGCAUGUGCGCUCCUCUUCAGUCGCCGGCUCACAAAAACAUCAGUGUGCUUGUUGUCCCUUUUCCUCUCCUUCGUGUGUUACUGCGCUUUAUUCCACGCGGACCCACUCAUAAUGCCGACCUCGGGGGAUCCAGCACCGAGCUGCAGUCAGCCGGGGGCUGAUGGUGGCUCCCGGCGUCUUCGCCUCUCAUGCGCCUUCUCCUCCUCUUUUUCUUCUCCUCCAUCCCAUCCAGCCGAGAGGCCACCUUCUGCUCUGCUCCACGCCAAGAGCGACACGCCAAGCCCGCCCAUGGGCCAUUCAAAGUUUGGGAAUAAGAAGUUGCCCAAUGCUAUCAUAGUUGGCGUGAAGAAGGGCGGUACCAGGGCGGUUCUGGAGUUCAUACGGAUCCAUCCGGACGUGAGAGCUGCCGGUACCGAGACGCACUUUUUUGACCGGAACUAUAACAGAGGACUGGAGUGGUACAGAGGUUUGAUGCCAAGGACUCUUGAAGGCCAAAUCACAAUGGAGAAGACUCCAAGCUACUUUGUCACAAAAGAGACGCCGCACCGGAUCGCCACCAUGUCCCAAGAAGCCAAACUUAUUGUGGUGGUGCGAGACCCUGUCACCCGAGCUAUAUCCGACUACACACAGACUUUGUCCAAAAAUCCUGACUUGCCGAGCUUCCAGGAGCUGGCUUUCCAGAACCAGAGCUCAGGCUCGGUGGACAUAUCCUGGAAUGCUAUUCGUAUCGGCCUCUACGCCCUUCACUUGGAGAACUGGCUGCGCUACUUCCCUCUGGCUCAGAUCCACUUUGUCAGUGGCGAACGCCUCAUUACGGACCCGGCAGGUGAGCUGGCACGUGUGCAGGACUUUCUGGGGCUUAAGCGCAUCGUCACGGACAAGCACUUUUACUUCAACCGCACCAAAGGCUUCCCGUGCCUCAAGAAGCCUGAGAGCAGUGGCUCGCCACGCUGCCUGGGAAAGUCCAAGGGCAGGACUCAUGUACAGAUCGAUCGGGACGCGAUCGAGCAGCUGCGAGACUUCUACAGACCUUUUAAUGUUAAGUUCUAUGAAAUGGUGGGUCAUGAUUUCAAGUGGGAGUAGAGACGGAGGAUUUAUUUUCAGCAAUCCACUGUAGAGACACUAAUGAGCAAAGAUAUGAGAUGAGCAGGCAUCACCUCAACUUCACAAUUUUGUGUUACUUUACAUUCAUACUGAGUUAUGAAGAAAGUACUUUGAAAUCAGUUCUUCUUAAACCUGUGUGUAUAACCACAGCAGAACUUUAACCCCUUGGAUAUAGUCAAGUUUUCAGGAAGAGCUGCAGUAGAGACUCGAACGUAACGACAUAAUGUAACAUAGGAACCACUUUAGAGCAGUUCCUGCACACACAACCAACCAAACCAAACCAACCACAUUGAAUCUACUGUGUGGCAUUGAUUACAGGGUGCAGUCCAUGGCUGUAACCAGCCGAGGCGCUGUUGAUUCAGUCUCAAGUAGAAGAACAAUAUGGGAUCCGCUAUGGGAAGAUUCAAUUACACAUCCGUGCAAUUACACUUGCAUCGAAACAGGAGUUCAGUACAUUCACAGAAAUAUUCUCCUAACCCUUCAAAAAUGUAAGCGAUUGUUGUCUAAUUUCCCCCUAUAUUUUUUGUUGUCAAACUCGAGAACUUGUUCUCAUGAGAAUUUAGUAGGAUUGCACACAAAGAGUAACGCACUAGUAGUGACGUGCUUAACUACAAAUUGCUGAAUUUGCACAUUUCUUGAUCAAGUGAGGCUGCCACGAGCGCUGGAUCAUGAGCAUUGAGUUGGAUCGUGGCACCUGUCAGUUUGUGUUUGUCAGCAUGUCGCCAAUUAUAUAAUGCUGCAGAAAAAAAUAUUAUACACCUUUACUUUCUGCAGCCCGUGUAAUAUCUUUAAUGGAAGUGUGACAUCAUUAUUCUUGCUAAUUGGACAAUAAAAUACAUAGAAAUGUCAUACGGGAAACCCAAACCCAAGUUGCAUCAGGAAGGGCAUCUGGUAUAAAAACUAAGCUUAAUCACUGCUGCGAUUCACCCCUGACAGGAACAGUUGAAAACAGAACAAAAAAAAAUUGUUAUUGUUUGCAAUGGUAAUGCCAUAAAAUGCUUAAAUAAUGAUAAAAUGCAUUAUCAUUACUAAUGCCAUCGGAAUUUUAAAGGUAUUCUUAUGUAUGCCAGUUAUCUUGCUUCACAAAGAAAAUCUUGCACUUAAUUUUUUACAGAUGAAUUGCCCCUGAGAACAUGUUACAGAGGAACGUUAUGGCUGUUUGUUUUUCUUUUUAAAGUAUGUAAUUGCUGCUUCUCCUGUGAUGCACUCUACGUGCAUGGUUGCUUUAUUUCUGUAAUACAAAUCAGUCUCCUUCAAGGUGAAAACUGGCAAUCGUGAAUAAAAUC